AUGGCACCGCCGCCUUCGCCAUACACUUUGAGGACUGGCAUUUACGCGGCCAUUGACCCUAAGGGUCUGAAAGGGUCGCUUCAGGGCCAGAACGCACUUGUCACUGGGUCUGGUCGGGGCAUCGGUCGCCACAUCGCGAUUGCAUUGGCACAUGCAGGCGCCAAUGUAUGUGUGACCGGACGGACUGCAAGCCAGGUCGAGACAACUGUGGCCGGAAUACAGUCGAUAGAUGGCAGCGAGAAACGGGAAGGAACUGGAAAGGUUGUGGGUAUCGUCGCCGAUAUACUUGACCGCAAUGACCAACAACGUCUUCUGCUCGAAUUUCGAUCACAGCUAGGUCCCGUUGACAUUCUGAUUUGCAAUGCUGGAUCAAACAUCUUCCAGCCUUUUCAUCUCACAGACCCGGUCGAGUGGUGGGACAUCAUGGAACUCAACUUGCGGGCACCGGUAGAACUCACAAGGCUAGCGUUGCCGGAAAUGAGGGAGCGCAACUCAGGCACUAUCAUCUAUACGAGUAGUCGCGCUGCAGCACCGGACCUCAAUCUCCCGUGGACGACAGCAUACAACUGUGCCAAGACUGGGAUCACGAAGUUUGCCGGGACUCUGCAAGUCGAGUUGGAUCAGCUGUCCAGGAUGGACGAGCACAGUAACGGGAUAUCGGUGUUCAGCAUACACCCUGGUGAAAUAGAGACGGACCUGCACCAAACUGCGUAUCCAGAGAAGACAAAGAGAGAAGCACCCUAUGUGAUAGAGCAUAUGGCGGAAAUUAGCAAGCGACGACCACAUUACGAAGGUGAACUGCCGGCGUGGACAUGUGUAUGGCUGUGCUCGGGCAAGGGAGCUUCCCUGAAGGGGAGAUUUGUCGACUGCACGAGAGAUGUUGAAGAGCAGGCGCAAGCAGUAGGCAAAAAGGCAUGA